CUAUGAUAGUAAGAAUAAGGUGAUUCAAUGAUAGUUUACAAAUGAUUGAGUGAGUUGUUAUAAAAAAGCAGAAAACAGACAUAAAAAAGAUGAGUGGAACAAAUGCAAAAUGCUCGGCGGGGGCGGGAGGUGGCUUUGGUAGUCAUAUACCCAGCAUUGAGGAGAAGAAUAGGCAAAUCCAACAGGAGACCAUGAUGGAGAAACUGAGAGCAAAGUACCGGAACAAGCCGAAAACCUAUGAAGAGAUCAAGAAGUCGGUGAGAAUGUAUUUCAUUGAGAAGCACUAUGCACUGGAUCCGCUGUGCAAGGCAACACUGCAGUCGGCAUUGGACAAGCUUCAGCAUUACAUCAAGGUUACCUCGAGGCAUGGUCUCGUGGAGCGAUUGGAAAGCCUGUCCCGGCAAUUGGGUCUCAAGUUCAUGGAGGAUCAGCAGCUUCUGUUCAUUUCCACUGAUAUGUUCUAUGUGGAAAUUCUUCUCGACGCCAGUGGUAAUCUGUCGGACGUCAAGGUGCAUCACGAAUGCAAAAUAGAGCAGCAAUCGAGUGAAUUGGUGAAAUGCCUAAAGUCCGGAGACUUUGCCGACUUCACCGUCCAGCUGGAGGGUCUGUCCUCAAUUUACCAACUCAAUGCCGAGCCAAAAGUGAAGAAGAAGGCGUUUGUGGCCUUGCAGGCCAUGGAAACGGACAUCUACAGUCUCUAUAGUCAUCAGAUGCAAAACCGCACCGGUGACAGCUACGAUAUCAUGAACAGCUCUGCCGUUGGUCUGGUGCUGCAGCGGCGCGGCGGUCAUCCCAUGAAGCUGACCUACUUCUGCCCGCCCAUACACCUCGCGGAGGGCGAAUCGAAGUUGGCAAGCAGCGAGUUUAGCAUUGAUCAGGUGAUGCACAGCAGCCACGGCCUAAGUGCCACCGUUAACCUGGAGGGUUCCUCGGCCAACAAACUUCAGAUUAUGCCCAUUUUAAGCUUCAGUCGCGAUCCUCAAACAGGACUGGAGCUGCCCACGUAUGCGCAGCUCAAUCAAAACAACUCUAUGCUGAUGCCGGCCACAUAUGUGUUGCGUCUAAACAAGCCGAUGCCCGUGUGUUACGAAACCCUCAAGGGUCUAGGUCUGCCAGGCGUGGAAGGCAUGGCUGCAGCACCCUCGCCGCCAGUCGCCACCGUGCUCAAUUUGAUUGUGCAAACCGCCUCUAAGCAGGCGAUAAAGAACACCCAGCGAGGCCUCUAUGUCAAUCUGCCCAAGGAGACGCACUGCUAUUUCUUUACGGACAAUCGCAAGCUGCAAGGUACACUGAUAUCCUCCCUUCCCUUCACAGAGCCCGCCCAGGUACCCAAGAUAAUGACGUUUCUGAAGAAGCAGGCCCUCUUCUACACGCUGCUCGCUAGCUGUGUGCGAGAACAACAGAAGCAGUACAAUGACAUGGAUAGCACUGUGAUAUUGGAGGUGACGGCCGUUUCCUUCAACCAGAUCACUGUGGAGCUGCAGCACCCCUAUGAGGAGUCGCUGGCCACAGUGGAUUUUCUUCUGGAGGAUGGCCAGGCCACAUGCAGCAUCUAUUGUUUGAACAACGAGUACGAGGUGCUCUCCCAAAAGCUGACUCGGACUGUGCGGAAGGUCCUCUCCAUCCCGAUGGUCAUCUACAAGCUGCUCAAGUGUUGGGAUGAGGAGCAUCAGUUCAAGCUGCAUGGUGUGAUUGGUUCUGGAGCAGGCGCUGGUGCGGGAUCCGGAGCAGGAGCUGGAACAGGCAACGGAGGCGGAGUCGGGACUGGACUUGCUCAUGCCCAUAAUUUUAAUCAAUUUGCCAUGGAAGCGGGACCUUCGCUGGAUGGCAGCCUGCCCAGCGGAGGCUUCACCAGCAUCAACAGCCUCAAAAUGGAAGCCAAGUCGCGCUCCCUGGCAGAUGCUUUUGUGGCGUCCACCUCGGCAGCGGCAGCCAUUGCCAGCCUAAUAAAUCUCAAGCGUGAAACGGAUCCUCAAUCAGCCCUUGGCCCUGUGUCCUCGGGCAACUCCAGCAGCUCCGGCAGCUCAUCCACCGUGCUGGCGGCGGCCAAGGCGACUGAUCAUGAGAUUGCCGACAAGUAUAAGAACAUUUGGAAGGAUAAAACACCGAAUCUGAAGCACUGCGUCAGCAUAACUCCCAUACCAGGUGACGGUAAGACAGGAGGAGGAGGCGCAGGAGGGGGUCCCGUGGGAAGCAGUGUUGGCGGAGUAGUUCCAACAGUGGAUGUUCAGCGUACAGGUGGCAUAGAGAUAAUACCAUUAAACGCACAGAGCCAGACCAGUGGAACUCGGGACGGGGGAAGUGCGACCACCACAACGGCACCCACUACCAUUACCAUAACUCCGAUAACUGGCAAGGACCCCGCCAAGGAAUCGUCCAAGAAGAGCAGCUCUUCAGCUCCUGCCGGGGUAAGUAUAGCCACGAAGCGCCCUCAUGAAAGCAGCACCAGCGCUUCGUCUUCGUCAGCCGGCAGCGGAGGCAGCAGCUCCUCCACAUCUUCCACCGGCAGCAGCAGUUCAUCCUCCACAGAUACACAGAAGGAGAAGAAGCGCAAGAAGAAACGCGAUGAUUCUCCCAUGGGACCCCCGGAGAAGAUAUACUCCCGACAGAACUCUCCAGCUGCGGGGGGAGAUGCCUCGGCUACCGGGGGCGUGGUAAGAAAGUUUUCCUCUCCCUCGUCCUCACCCAAGGCUGGUGGAUCCGGGCAGGGCAUACUGUCUGGCGUGCCCCCAGCACGUCCCAGUCCCAAGCAUUCGCCCGUCUACAGCAGCCCCAAGCACAACACCGCCUCGAACAGUCCCAAAUCGCCGUUUGGGACGCACUCACCCAAGCACGGCUCCUCGGGGAAGCCGAGCAUGUCCACUCUGAAGAGUGCGGCCACAGCGGGAACUAGCCUCAGUCCCAAGGGUGACAAAUCAACGUCAUCCGUAGGCCCUCCUCCUUCAGCGUCUGUAGGAUCAUCGACAGGAGCUAGCGCCAAUCCCAGUCUGGUGCGUUCCUUUGCAAGCGUUGGAGCACCGCCACCACCACCGCCUGUUCCUCCCUUGAGCAGUGCCAUCAGUAGCAGCAGCAGCAGCAGCAGCAGCUGCAGCAGCAGCGGCAGCGCCGGCGGAAGCAGCAGUCAGCAAAGCGGCAGCUCGGGCAUUAAAAAGGAGAAAUCUUCAGCCGCGGGACCCUCGUCGUCGUCGGGUGCUUCUUCUGGCCCCUCCGGUGGUAGCGGCGGCGUCGGUGGUGUUUCUCCAGCCAGUGUGGUGUCUGUCGCCAGUGUAGCUGCUGCUGUGGCGGCUCUGAAAACCUCCCAACAGCAGCAACAACAGCAGCAGCUCAAAUCAUCUGUGGCCAGCUUGUCGCAUCUGGCAGCUGGCGGCAGCUUGGGCAGCUAUGCGGCAGCUGGAGGAGCAGCAGCGGUGGCUGCAGCGGCGGCAACGGUGGGAGCAGGAGCGGGAGCAGUGACAGGUGCUUCGGCCUUGGAACUGAGUGCUCUGCGGAAGGGCCUGGCGGGAGGCGCGGUUAGUUUGAUGACGUCGACGGCAGCUUUAGCAACAGCAAUCCCAGCAACAGCAACAGCAGCAGCAGCGGGAACGGGACUGGGACUGGGACAGGGACAGGGACUGGGACAGGGAGUGGGAACAGCACCGUCAACGUCAGCGGCAGUGGGAGUGGGAGUGGGACCAGCGGCAUCAGCGGGAGCAGCACCAGUACAAGCAGCAGCACCAGCAACGUUCCAACAGCAGCAGCCGGGAGCAGCGCCACCUAGUAGCUGCUUGGCCACUAGCGGGGCCAGCAGUAGCGACGGAGGUGCAAGCAACAUCACAAGCGGAACAUCCUCGGAGUAUAUGGUGAAACCCAGCAGCCAGGAAGGCCUCAAGCUGACCAUCAACAAGACGGGGAGCAGCAAGAGCUCCAGUUCCGGCGCAAGCUCAUCAAGCAUUGGCAUGGGGAAGACAAAGGGCCCCAGUAGUGGCUCGAGUGGCGGUGCAUCAGCCUCGGCUAGCUCCUCGAGCUACGCCAAAAAGCAGCACACGGGCCUCAAGCCCGGAGUGAACAGUGGACCUGCGUCCAAGAAAGCCACCGCGUCCACAGGAGGAGCGACAACAAGCGGCGGCGCCUCCUCCUCCAGCAAGCAUCUAUUUCAGAAGGCCAACUCGUCGGGCAACUUAAGCAGCAAGCUCAGCGGAUCUGCCAGCGGCGGUGGUGUACUGCUGACUAAAAGCAAUAGUACCAAUUCCUUCCAAGAGCACAAUGCCCCCAGGCGUCGUCCCAGUAUGGGAGGCUUAGCCAGCAGCGGCGGUGGAGCAGGAGGUGCUCCACGCAAAGGAGGUUCAUCAGCGGGUGGAGGGAGCUCAUCGGGAGCCGUGUCUCCAGCAGCUCUCACUGGCUCCAUGUCCCAGCCGCCGCCUCGAUUUGAUCAUCACACCGACAUGAUGACCAUUCUACAAUAUGCAUCACCCACGAUGGCCGCCAGCAUGGAGGGCUUCAUUAAGGGACUGCACAACAAGUUUCAAAUACCCAAACUAUCGCAGCGCGGAAGCGGUGGCAGUGGACGGAGCACACCCAGCAGCACUGAGCAGACUUCGACAACAGCGACUUCGACAGUUGUCUCGGCCACCACUUCCAGUGCACUGCCAGAUCCGGACACGAAGCCGUCGGCAGCACCGCCUCCACCAGGCAACGAUCUGCUGCUGAACCUUAGCACCACGGCGCCAAUGCCCUCUGGAGAUGGCAUCGAUGAGGAGCUUCUGGCCAGCCUGGCUGGCGAGUGACACCUUUCGACGUUCCUGUUGUUCUUAUUUAAAGCUAAACUAAAAGAUAUCUUAUGUGGAAACGUUUGGUUGCUGGGCUCAGCAAUUAAGCUGCAACAAUACUCUUUCUCGUAUUUAUGAUUAUAGCAUAUGUUCUCAUUACACUUACAUUUUAAAUAGAUUCCCAAAUUAAUCCGUAAACCGUAUAUUAUAUAGCAUUGUACUCCUAUUUCACGACCUGCAUCUGCAUUUCUGAAAAUAAUUAAACAGUUGCAACAUAAUUUUGUAAUAUUCAGUUUCCUCCAAUAAGUUUAUUACGGAUUUCUUAAUCUCAAAAUAGGGCGACACAAGAAAUUUGGUACAAAAUCUCAGAGAUUAUCACGUGCUGCUUGUAAAAUUAUGCAAAGUCUAGGAAAAAAAACUUAUGUUAAACUAUGAUUUACAGAAUGUAUUAGGAAAACAUUUAUUGACAGCGAUAAGAUAUUGUGUGUGUGGACCGA